CUCCAUUGGAAUCGACAAGCACCUCUCACUAUGUCGACGUCCACAGCUUUACGGCCUGCUGUGAGAAGCAUUCUGAGAUCGAGCAGAUCGAAUCAACUUCCCCCGGCGUUCCUCCUUCCUUCGCUCUUCGCCCCUAAGCAGCAAUGCUCUCCUUUCUCUACCAGCACAUUGAACUCCUACCCGCGAGACAACAAUCGCGAGCGAGGUGUUUCUACCCAGCGACGCACUGGUCUCCGACAGCCGGUCUCCGUGUCAAAGACUCCUCUCCCACAGCCUGUCCUCGAUGAAUCGAAGCGCUCGAAGGUCGAGGUGGAUCCUGACCAUGGCCUCUACCAGUUCUUUCACAGUAAGGAGAAACCGAUGAACACGCCAGACGAGGACAGUGAUCAUGGAAGACCAUGGUGUGUGGAGGAAUUAAGGCAUAAAAGUUGGGAGGACUUGCACGCCUUGUGGUGGGUAUCAGCGAAAGAGAGAAAUCGCAUUGCUACAGAGACUUAUGAGAGGAAGAGGAUAGAGGCUGGUUACGGCGACUACGAAUCCGAGAAACGGGAUGUUACUGUGAGGCGGACACAGAGAGCUAUCAAGCAAGUUCUUACAGAGAGAUACUAUUCUUGGAGGGAUGCGGAGAAUGUUGCAAAGAGUGACCCAGAGAUCAACCUGUCUGGGAAGGGCCCUAUCUACACGCCAACCGAUUUCAUCGAAGACGAGAUCACGCAACACGAGGCAGAGCCAUCUGCAGAACCUGCUCCAAAGUCGGAAGCGAAGCCUGAACAAAUAUCUACGCCGAGUGCUUAAGUUUGCAAGGCCUGCGAGAGUAAUAUGCAUGGGUUGAAGAUUCGUAGCAGAGAUGACGUUGGGAAUAUGUAACAUAGGUUGGACAAAUCAGCUGUAUACCCAACAGCUACCGGAAGGCCACUGUAGAUGAAGCUGUAUCAUACAUCAUGUAAAAUAAAUUUCGAUCCACAAUGGGUCUUGCAAC